CGUUAAUCGUAGUGACGACGUCGUUGCAGCACCAGCAGAAAAUCUGAAGCAACCAGCGAAGCAGUCAGUUCCUGUUGAACUGUGGUGAGGAAAAUAUCAGCAGAGCCUACAGAAGAUCAGUCAAAUUGAGUGAAAAAUAUGCAGAUUGGAUUUGUUGGAUGGAGGAAAAUUGGGUGCAUCGGGAAAUUAUCAGAAAGCAAUUAGCAGAGAGCAGUGCGUGAAUGAGUAGGCCAUGGUCAAUGGACUGGAUUAUUUUCGACUUAACUCGGGAUUCUGGCGUGAAGGUGAUCGGGGUGGAAUGAAAUUUCAAAUCGCAGCAAUCAAGUCGUCAUUUUUUCGUCGUCAUUCGAAAUAUUUUCCUCAGUGAGUGUGAACUGGCCAGAAGUCGUGUAAGAGGAAAAGAGGAUUGCAAGGCUGAAAAGGGAAUAGAAUCAGCUUGUGAGCAAGAGCGAGAGGGUGUGGAAAAGCAGAAAAGUGUUCAACAAAGAAAAGUGUCGAAGUGCUCGAGCUCAGCAGGCUGAAAGAGUUUGUUCAGAAGCAGAGCAGGAGGUCGGUUUAUCAGGGGGAAAAGCACAGCAGGAAGAGGGGGAGACAAGUUCUCUUUUGUUUUUUUUUCAUCAUCAAAUGGCUGACAGCAGCAGCAGUGUAAAUGCAAAGUGUAGUGAUGGUGUUUCGUAUUUUGAUAGUUCACUAAAGGGAAAAAUGACUUCACAUAACAGCAGUGGCUCGGCCAACAAUUCUCAGGCUAGUGGCAGCGGAAGCGGAGGAGCUGGCGGUGGGGGCACUUCCGGAGCCCAAGUGGACCGUCUCAAGCAGCUGUAUCCGAAUGUUAACGAGACCGUCGAUCCGCUGCCCCGUUUCUGGAGCACUCAGGACAAGUGUUCGACCAUCGGACUGACCCAGAAUAAUCUUCGUGUUCACUAUAAAGGAGUUGGAAAAUCACACACAGAUGCCGCAUCGGUGCGUACGCCAUUCCCAAUUCCAGCAGCAUGUGGACUGUACUAUUUCGAGGUGAAGAUAAUCUCCAAAGGCCGCGAUGGUUACAUGGGCAUCGGGCUGACUGCACAUACACCGUUCAAGGUGAAUCGGUUACCGGGCUGGGAUAAGCAAUCGUAUGGCUACCACGGCGACGACGGGCACUCGUUCUGUUCGUCCGGGAAUGGACAACCCUACGGACCCACCUUUACCACCGGUGAUAUUAUUGGUUGUGGAGUUAAUUUAGUCGAAAAUACUUGUUUCUACACUAAGAACGGUCACCAUUUAGGGAUAGCUUUCAAAGAUCUACCGCCGCGAUUAUAUCCUACAGUGGGACUUCAGACCCCAGGUGAAGUAGUGGACGCAAACUUCGGCCAGGAGCCCUUCAAGUUUGACAUCGAAGAUAUGCUGAAAGAGCUGGGAGCGGCGACCAAAGCCACUAUUUAUAACUUCCCCCUAUCAGACGACCAGGACGAUUGGACUGUGAUCCUGCACAAAAUGGUUUCCUCAUACCUUGUGCACCAUGGCUACAGUUCGACAGCCGAAACCUUUGCACGCACCACCGGCCAGUCUCUCCAAGAGGACAUGGUGUCGAUAAAAAAUCGACAAAAAAUAAUCAAACUAGUACUAUCGGGGCGCAUGGGACAAGCAAUUGAGCAAACUGUACGCUUAUAUCCAGGUCUCCUGGAGUCGAACCAAAAUCUGCUAUUCAUGCUCAAAUGUAGGCAGUUUAUCGAAAUGGUGAACGGAUCUGAUUUCGACCUCAGCGGUUCAUCUCACACGAGUCCAGUGCAAACGUCAGUUAUACAAUCGACGAAAAGUUAUCAAAACGGAAACACAGUUAUCCCAGAUGGUAGCGACAAUCAGGGUUUUAGCAAAAAUAACGUUCUCAGUAAUAAUGGUACGUGUAUUGAAGACGACUACUCUAAUGACGUAGAGAUGGAAAACGGCCAUACGAACAACGUGAAUAACUCCAACGGAUAUAAAAAUGGAACGUCCAACAGCAAUCUCAAUGACUCGCUCGAGGACGACGAUGAAGACGACGAAGACGGCAGGGACGAGGAUAUGGAUGUGGAUUCGUCGCUAUCGCCAAAUUGUAAAUCGACCAACACCGGUGUCUCGCGGUCCGGCGUCGAACGGAUGCUGGAGUUUGGCCGGGAACUGUUCCAGAUGAGCCAGCGAUUAGAGAAAGAGCAGGGAGCAAACGAAACUAAUCAGAAAAUGUUAGAGGAUGCAUUUAGUUUACUAGCAUAUUCUAAUCCAUGGGCAAGUCCAUUAGGUUGGCAACUGUGUCCGUCACGCCGUGAAUCCGUGUGUGUUGCCCUCAAUUCUGCCAUAUUAGAAUCGAUGAGCUACUCUUGGCGACCGCCACUAGAGGUGUGCAUAGCGCAUGCAAGUGAACUACUCCGUGUGAUGUCCAGCUCAUCCCUAGGAUCGUGCGCGUUUGUCAGCGUGGACGACUUUCUCACGCAGCAGCAACACCAUUGACUACACCUAAUAUUUAAGCUGUCCUCUUUUUCGAACGUUUGAGCUCGACUCCGCCAAAACUUCACUCGCCCCACUCAUGUACCAAUAAGGAGAUUGUGGUUUGUAUACUGUUCCCACUAGCCGCGGAUAAUCCCAUCUUUUUUAUCCCUAAAUUAUGUGCAUUAUUUUUUUUUCUUAUUAAACCGUGUGCAAUGUAUCCGAUAGAGGAAAAUGUUAUGCUGCAACAUUGAUUGAAAUGAAACGAACCUAAGCGAAAUAAUGCUUAAUGAUGCAUUGCUGCUCGAUUCGUUGUUGAUCAUAAUUUAUUUUUACCCAAAAUUGUGCUUUUAAAAUCCAGUUUAUACAAUGAAAUCCUUUUCUAAAUGCCCCAAUCAAACACCUAAUUCCUAGUCUAGCAGUCUGCUGUGUGGGACAGUAGCCAAUAGAGUUGCAUCGUGUUUCGCUCUCCGAAGAAAGCUCGCGAAGAGAAUAAAAAAUACAAAUUGGUCACUCUGUUCAUAUUGAUUUAAUGCUGUUUGCCUGGUAUUUUAUUAUAAAACUGCUAUUUUGUUUUGUUUUAGUUAAAUUUUCAAUUUAUGUGAAACACUUGCAUACUUCAUGGAGAAGGAGGAAUAAAAUGAAUAACAACGUUUAAGAAAAGAUAUGAAUGAAAACGUGUCAUGUCAGUUACAAGCAGAAAGCAAGGCUAUAAUCACAAACUCAGAUGAAAAUACACAAACAAACACAUAGAAACGAGAAAAAGAAGCAAAUACUUAAGGCUAGAUAAUAAGACAAUGACAAAGAUAAGAGGAAAUUACUCUAAUAACUAUAGUUAUUAACGUAUUUACAAACAAAAAUGAGAUGCAGUUGGUCAAGUGAACGUUGCAUGUAUAUUUUUCAAUUCUAUUCAAUGUUUCAAUAUUUUUUUAAUACAACUUCGAAGUCAUAAUGUCCUCAGAUAUGUGUUGAUUCCCCAAUGAGCUGAUUGUAUGUCAUUUGUGAAGACAUUUUUUCAAAUAAAUUUUACUUAAGGUACAGUGGAGUACAUAGGGUAAGUGGAAAAAAUGCAAAUAUUUCAAAGCGUACAAUGAAGCAAUUUUACUUAACAAUCCUACAUGGCCUUUUGAAUCAUUGCCUUGAAUCCGCAAAGCAAUUUUUUUAAAUCUAGUUUACAGGAAUUUACAUAUGAUUCUUUUGUAAAUGAUCUAUUUUAUUAUUGAAUUCAUCUUUUUGAUUCAAUAAACCUGAACUAUGCAAUUUCCUUCACCCACUUUACACCACUGUACCCUAAUAUUCAUUCUACUGCUAGAUUCAAUAAUUUUGCUUUUAUUAAAAUAUGUUUAUGAAAGACUCAUCUUUAUGCUUAUCAAACAAUGUCCAAAUGGAACCAAUUUGUAAAUACCCUAAACGAAGAUAUCCAAACCUCUCUUGGCAUAAGUGUUGUUCACUUUUUUGAAUAUCUGCGAGAGGAAACAAUAUGAUAGAAACACAUUGAGCUACACAGCAAAGGCUACAUAUUCCAGUGGUUUUUGCUGUCUGCAGAUCAACUUGUCGAAAGUCUGUCCGGCAUUGACACUUUUAUGCAAUUUCAGUCCGAUCUAAAGGAUUAGCUACCUUAUUAUCCAGCUAAACCGCUGAUUUCACUUCAAGUAUCGGCAAGAUCACAAACUUCUUGUUAUAGGCUGCUUGUAAACUGGGUCUGUAUCGUAAGUGAGAACCACAUUUUUUUUAUGUGAUCUGUUGUUGAUCACAAACGUCCCAAGUCCUGAGAUCAUUGAUUUGGUCCUCAGGGUCGUGGGUUCGAGUUCCAUCGAAGGGAAAGUGGUUACAUCCAAUACAUUUUUCAAAUCAAUAUCUUCACAUAAUGUACAUAUUCACAUAUGAGUUUUCAUAACAUUCAAUAACGUUUGUUACACGAGUGAAGUGACAUGAUGGGACACUGCUCGAAUGCGGUGAGAUUUUUGAGUUGAUUUCGACUAUUAUUACGUAAAUCGACCAGCUCACACUCAUUCCAAAUAAAGAUGAUGUGAAACUUGAUACAUACCGUAAAUCAAACAAUCUAGCAACACUCUUCGACCUUCGAAAUAGUUUCAAUUUCAGUAAACACCACGACAGCCGCGUAUAAAUUUGCUCUAAUAAUAUCAACAUUAUUGUAUCUUCAACAACACUGCACCGCCGACAAAUGAUGUACAUUGAUCGUUCAUUUCUUUUGUUUUAUUUAAUCCUAUUCUUGAUUACACAGAAUCGAAUGGCAAAUGUUUCGUGCACAAGAACAGGCGGAAUAUGUGUGUAUACAAUUUAGUUAUGCAUGCUAACCUUGAACGAAUUAAACCCACUAAAUUUGGAUAUUGCAAACUAUUUUUAUUAUUUUCAGCAGUCUAUUAUGAAAGAACAUUAUUAUUAAAUUCAGGUAUAAAGUUUAAUUAGAGAAGUGAAUUCGAUUAAGCGACUAAGGUAAAAUUUCGAUUUUGAUCUUUGAUUGGGGAUUUUCAAAAGUGCCCUCAAUUUCAUUGACCCUAUUUUAAUGAGCAGAAUAAAGGGUUGCUCUUGUAAUUUGUUUGCUGUUUUAUGUGAUAGACCCAACGAGUUUUACCUUGAUUUAUCCUUCAACGCUGGAGCUAUCCAUUACAGUAGUUUCCGCUUCAAGUGUUCAACAUUUUUCACUGUCAUCUUCCGAUCUAGUUUGUUUGCAACACAAAGGAGUCGACUCUUUAUCCUCUUAGAAAACGACAAUGAAUAAUUUUUGGAUCGAAAUUUAGUUAAAUGUUAGUUUUGGCGUGCUAAAAUAAGUAUGACGAAGUAAAAAAGAUAUCCGGAUUGAGAUAGUGACUGCGACGUUGGGAGUUUGUGUACAAUUCUGGAAGUCCGUUAAAUUGUUCAUCAUCUUUAAUGCUAUUAUAGUGUGUCUUCCAGGAACGCGUAUGUAAUUCUCGAAGUACGAAAAGUAAAUCCCCCGUGUGCUUGUUAGUUUUUGAACACCGUUACCAUUUUUCGAUAAUUAGCCUUUCCCCUUUGAACAGAAAAGUAAUAUUUAACAAUCUAUUAGUUUGCGCCUAGGGUAUUUGUAGAAAGUGACAAUGUUCGUAAAUGAUUUCGUUCGCACUCUAAUCGUAUGCAAGUAAUAACAAAAAAGCUAAUAUCGUUUAAACACAGAGUAAGAGAGCAUCGUGUAAAUCAGAUAAUAAAAUAAUUGACAAGAAAUGAUGAGCGGACCGAGAGAGUGAAGAAGUGAAAGAUGAAUGGAAUUCCUCUUAUGUAAUUGCGUUACUGCAUGUAGCGAUUAGAGUAAGUAAUAAAACAACAGCGUAGAGAGAAUUCACUCACGUACGAUGAAGUAAAACAAAACAUAAAAAUAACGAUAAUUAAUUUAAGUGCUAAGUUCGCAAAAUAUAUAUAUUUAAAGAAAUAAGUUUUGUGAAAUCACUGUGAAUAUCGACGCUAAAACAGAAAACAAGAGAAAACGAAGAUCAGAUGAAUAAAAGUUUUAAUUUCAAAAAA